UUUUGAAUCGUGCCAACUCUAAACAGCUGUUGGACAUGUUUUCACUGUGUGGGCGUGGCUUCAUUCUCCAACGUGACGGCAUUUAAAAUCUGCAUGAAGACAAACGAAAGUACUUUCUAAAUCAGCGAUGGCGUCUGCUUACAGUUCUUUUGAUGAAGAUUCAAAUGGGAGUGAUUAUGAACUGUCCUUCAGUGACCAACACUCAAGUGAGAGUGAUGUCAGCAGUCAGGGUCAAAACACAGAACCCUGCAAAUAUUACAAUAAAGGCCACUGCAAGAAUGGGAGAGCCUGCUCUUACUUGCAUAUCUGCAAGUAUUUUGUGAAAGGAAACUGCCGCUAUGGCUCCAAAUGUAGACUCAACCAUUCUGGUGUUGGCGGGGGUUCAUUUGGAAAAAGCCAAGCUCAAAACCAUCCAACAAGCUGUAAGAAAGUGCCAAAACUUACUGACGGACGAUGCUACCAGUGGCAGCUAGACGGUGGAAAUGGUUGGAAAGACAUUGAAAAUGAUCACAUCCUGGAGGCCCAGUACUCACUGCCCCACACCAAAAGCAUCAAAAUCUACAACACACCAUAUGGGGCUGUGAGCAUUGAUUUUAAAAGGAUUACAGUGUAUGGAAAGAAGGUGAAAGUGAGGCGUUUGGAUGACGGUAACACCGUGUGGGUCUGGUACUGUAUACUGGGACGUAAGUGGGUCAAGUAUGGAGAAAAAAGUUCACCAACUAAAAGCUCUCCAGUGCAGAGCUCUGACAUAGAGAAGAAGUUCCAGAGUAACCCAUCAAGCUCCUUCUCGUUUGACAUUGGGGGUCAGACACUGGAGAUUAGAUUCAGAGAUAUGUGCCAAGUUGGUCAACGCAGAAAGAGGAAAGUCAUUCGGCGUCCGCUGUUCAGACAACAGCAGAGACAAUCUGUCAGCCUCCCUCAGCUCAAUUUGGGCUCCAAACCAAAGUGGGAGUUUGAAGGAGAUGGAGGAAGAUGGCACAUUUUCAAAUCUAGGGCAGGUGUGUCCAUAGACAGUGAUGAAAUUGAAAAGAAGUACCAGAAAAAUCCUAAAGACCGCAUGAACUUCAAAGUACAAGGACAAGAUUACCAGCUGGAUUUUGGAGCAAUGAUUCAGACCAACCUCAAAACUAAGAAGACUCGCAAGAUCCGACGUGUAUGAGCAAAAAUGAAGUAAAGAAUGUCUUUGCAAGCCUACUAGUUAAUGUUUAGAUUAAUAUUUAGAUGAAUGCCUUCCCAUGGCAAAAAUGAGUUUUUUUAAGUAUACUACUUAGUCUAUACUAAUAUUGAGGUGCUUGAAGUUUACUUUUUAUUUACUAUCUAUACAUUGUAAACUUGAAGCGUUUUAAUUUAGUCAGAAGAAGUAUUCAGUUAGUGUACUUCCUGCACUUCAUGGUCUGUAGUAUACUUGAUAUACUUGAACUCAAGUAUACUUAAUAAAAUGAACCUCAGGGAUGUCCCGGGAAAUACAACUUUUGUUUACAUUAUAAAAAUGUUAGAAUAAAGUUCGACAUCUAGAUUGGCUUUGAUGUUUACAUAAUCAAACCAAAUAGUCUCCAAUAAUGUAUUGUUUGAAACUCUGUUUUAUGAAAAAAAACAUAUUUUCUCUUUACCUGAUGGUGUUUUAUUUAAAAAAAAUAUGUAUAUGAAAAUGUUUACAGUUA